CAGAAAAAAGCCCAUUCGCUGGAUUAGCAGCCAUUUACAACCCGCGCUGCUCAUCGUAAACCGAUCUCUGAAAAAACAUAUGUCUGCCGGCGGCGGCAGUAGAAUGCAGAUCGACGGGUGGUUGCCGGAGGAAUUGACAAUCGAGAUCUUGUCCAGACUGCCGUCGCCUUCCACCGUCGGCCGAUGCCGCUGCGUCAGCAGAUGGUGGCGCGACAUCCUCUCCGACCCCGAAUUCAUAAGAAAAUCAAUCAUGCCGCCUGCUCCUCCUAGGACCGCUAGGGUUAUGAUCCCUCGCCGCGCCACGGCAACGACGCCGUUCUCCAUCCACUGCUCCGAAAAUCUCCGCCUCCUCGAUUCCGGUAAGCUGCCCACCGACUCGGGUCGUGGGUACAUCGCUGGUUGCGCCUCCGGUAUAUUCUGCAUCGGCACCGGCAUUAUCAAGGGGAAAAUCGUUCUGUGGAAUCCGACCAAUUCAGAGACGUACACACUGCCCCGGAUUCCGCCUCCGUUCGGCCGUUCCCGCAGCCACGUUAUGCCAAUUGGGUUUGGUUUCGACCCGGACACCAAGGACUAUAAGGCAGAUCAAGGGCGUGCCAAUUGCGAGGGGCGCCGAAAGGGUUGUUCGGUCUCUCAGCGUCUCCCCGGCUAGGUGUCACUGGAUGUGGCGCUCGCGCAACUACGACGAUUGUUUCAGCUUUGUUUCCUUUGACAUGAGCAAGGAAGCGUUCACGAAGCCGUGGCUGCUGCCCACGCCGCCCCAGUGGCCAUUCGAGCUGCUUAUGGAGCAUUCGUUUCACAUGGCACGAGAUGACGAGUCGUGCUUGAUCGUGGUUUCCUCGAAAAUGGGAGUGGUGGGAAAGGCGGGGGGGACGACGACGAAGGGUAUUCCUCUUCCUGCUGUAUCAGGUUGUACAACGUCGUCCAGGGUAUUCCUCUUCCUGCUGCUCCAUAUGGUGGAAUUUUUCCUCGUUUGCAAGUGCCGGGGCUCUGGAAGCAAGGGAAGCUAUUGCUCAGGUACUCCAUGGAUCCUGGCAGCGAGCUGGUGCGUGUGUUUGAUCUAGAUUGGUUCGGAUGUCGAGAUUGGUUCGGAAAGAGAUGGUUAUUUGGGAUUCAUAACUUAUCUUCCAUCCACAAUGUCUCUGUCCCCUCUUAACCCACUUCGAAGGAAGAAAUAAAUGUCGUCUGAUUCAAAAUGACAUUUGAUAGUAUGUAUUUGUAGGAGCAUGGCUGUUUUCCAUUACUAUUGCCUAGCUAGCUAUAUACAGAGUAUACAAAGCUCAUUCGACGUUUGGUAAUUGGUCUAGGUUCUUUAGAUGUUCUUUCUCGCCUCUUUCUCGUAGGUUUUGGUAGUAUGGUUACCAAUGUCUCCAAUUCCAUUAGCCCUACUUUCUUUAUUCAUAACAUUACAUCGUUGUCUUCA